AUGUUACUACCGUGGGUGGCCCUCUUAUGGCUUCCUCUUGCCGUGCUUGCGGCAAAGGACUCAGUUCGUGAGCAACUCGUCCAGCUGGCAGCCAGAAACAACGGAGUCAUCAAGCUGAAUGAGAAGACCUUCGACUUGCUCACCAGCCCGGACAGAGACUGGUCCGCAGCAGUACACUUCACGGCGUUGGAUAAGAGGCGAAGGUGUAACCCAUGCAGGGAGUUUGACCCUUCUUGGAAUGCCGUAGCCAAAGCUUGGUCCACUGUACCGGCCUCUGAGAGGAACCACCAUUUCUUCGCGACUCUUGACUUUGACGACGGCCACAAUGUCUUCCAAAAGCUAGGCCUGGCUUCUGCACCUGUGGUGCAUGUCUACCCCGCCACCGAGGGUCCCCGCAGACCCGCCAGCGGCAAACUCACUCCUUAUAAAUAUGACUUCACCUAUGGCUUCGAGGCCGAACCCUUGGCUCUCGAGCUAUCGAAACACACCCCAAUCGCCAUCCCAUACAAGGCCCCUAUAGACUGGGCCAAGUGGGGUACUGCCGCCGCACUCCUCCUGUCCGGGGUUAUUACUCUCCGAUUUAUCUCGCCUAUCCUGCAAAACCGCUGGGUAUGGGCACUCGGCACUAUCAUAACUUCAUUGAUCAUGCAGUCCGGGUACAUGUUCACUCGCAUCAGAGGCACCCCCUACACUGCUGCCAACGGACAAUGGAUCGCCCCUGGGUUCCAAAAUCAAUAUGGACAGGAAACUCAAGUUGUUGCGUUGAUCUAUGGACUCCUGGCUGUCUCUUUCUUGAUGCUAACUGUCAUUGCGCCCUUGCAAAAGUCGCCGCAACGACAAAGGGCACAAGUCUACCUCUGGACUGCUGUGAAUCUCAUCAUAUUCUCUGUACUAGUCUCAUUAUUCAGAACGAAGAACAGAGGUUAUCCAUUCAAGCUGUUCUUGUAG